GACAGUUUAUCUAGUAUUUCAGCACUUUCUAGUUUAGUUGUCAUCAUAAAAAACCACUGCAUUGCAAGACUGAUCUCUUUGCUCAAGAGUUGCAGAGAAUCCUGACCAGACUUAGUGUUGUGGGAUAGGCUGAUCUUGAGUGUAUUUGUCAGAAAAUUUGUUGACACCAUGGGUAAUAGGACCGACUUAAUAAUGCUGAGUUUGGAAACUUAACAGCUGGUUUUUUAAGGAAUCCAGCACGAAUAUUCUUCAAGGUCUAUGUGCUAAAAAAUGAGAAAGACAUCUGCAAUUGCAUUCAGCUUCAGUUCUGAAGGUGCCAAAUUUGGUGAGUAGCCCUUUCCAGAAGAGAGCUGUUGUCACACAACAGUUUGUUUGUUGUCUUGUUUGUGUUUUGUGAAUGCACAGUGGACUAAAGGCACUUUUACUGACUUUGAAGAAGCAGUCUGAAAGAUGAAUUUUUUAGUUCUAGAGCUAUUUUUAAUCUUAUAAAUCUCAGGAUAAGCUUGCUCCCCCAGAGCUGCUGGUAGCAGGAAAUAGCAUUAUGUGUUCUACUGCCUGAGUAGUAAUCAAUGUCCUGUGUAUAGUACCCUGCCAUACUAGUCAAAACAGACAGAGUACUUGGAGAUUUUUCCUCAAGGAAUUGUACAAAGACAUUCUACCAGAACACUCCAACAGCAAUUACUUCAGUCUGAAACUGUUAGGAAACAGAAAAUCUCAAAAUUCAAUGAUCUAUCUGUUUACUGUAUGAGACAUAAGUUCAGCAGAACAAUUCAUUGUGAUAUGAAGAAAUAUCCUAGGUACUUUUGAGUACAGGAUAAGAUUCCCCACUCUGUCAAGCUUAGCAUUACAGGAGAUGCUUUCUCAUUCCUGCAGUGAUGUGCUGUGCAGGGUAUUUGGGCAUUAUUCUGUAUAAACCUUAAAGAAGGUGUGGAAAUCCCACAACAAAAAAUGUCCACAAUUUAGGGGAAAUUACAGGGUAAUUAUGCUACCUUCAACCAGCUGGAAAGUUUUGGCUGGCCUGAAAUAACGUUUCUCCCACAGCCAACAGCUCUCCCAGGCUGUUCAGUGCUCACCAUCCUGUUGCCACUUACCCUCCUGCUUGCCUAGUGGUUGUCCCAGAAAAAUAUCAGAAAGUCUACUUUGAUAUUUUUUUAAACCAUGAACUGCAAAAUGAGCUGCAACAGACGUCCAGGCAUGACUAUAUAUGUCACACUUCAGAGCAUGAAAAAGCAUUCCUACCAAUGGCCAUGUGGAAUUUUCCUGCAGAAAAUGAAGCAGGAAGUGGAGAGCAAGGAUCUCCUCACUGCUGUUGACUAAACAUGUGCUGUCCAUAUGCUGGAUGCAUCAGCUAGCUGGUGCCAAGGAAAAGCUGUGAUAGCUCUAGCUUGCUUUUUCUUCUAUCCAGAAUGGGCGCAGUAUCAUGGGUGCUAAAUUAAAGAAGAAGAAACACAAAGAAACAGGCAGCCAUGCAGGGGUGAAACCAUUUUGGAAGUGAUGGUGGUAAUUCAAGAAAUCUUUGGUGGUGGCUUCAGGCUUCACUUCCCAGACCUUUAUUCUUCCAAGCAAAAUUUAUUCUUUCACGUGAUGGACUCUGUUAACCAUACACAUGCAAAGUUCUUGUAUAACUAACCUGAACCUUCAACUUUAAAUGCUCUGCCAAGUCCUUUACAAGCCCCCUUUCUCUUGAGGGAGAAGAUACAUUAUACUCAGUAAUGGAGCAAAACAACAACAAUGUAGAAGAUUUCUCCUUGAAUGUCUUUUCUGUCACUCCUUGUCAGCCAAACAGAUCUGAUGCCCUGGUGUCAGAUGGGGAUAAAGCUGGCACAACCCUGCUCUUUUCAGGUGUGUUUUUGGGACUGGUGGGGAUCACUUUCACUGUGAUGGGAUGGAUAAAAUAUGAUGGCAUUACUCACCUGGAGUGGACUCAGUUACUAGGGCCUAUUCUGCUGUCUGUUGGGGUGACUUUUAUUCUGAUAGCUGUUUGUAAAUUUAACAUGCUUACGUGCAAGCCCUGUAAAGAAAGAGAGGAAAAUACGUCGGAACUUGACCAGACUGCAAGCGGACAGUCCUUUGUCUUCACCGGCAUUAACCAGCCUAUAACUUUCCAUGGUGCCACAGUGGUGCAGUACAUCCCUCCACCCUACCCGUCCCAGGAAGGCGCUGCUGUGAGUCCCAGCUACCUUCACCCAGCACUCAGCUGCUGCAGUGCUGUUCCCCCCAGCGCCUCGCCGGUUCUCAGCCCAGGUUCUCCUCGCUUCUGCCCUGCCUACGCCCUGGAUAACCUGGCUUUUACUGGAGAUGAGAACUACACUACUUACCCUGCAGAGAACACCAGGAAUCAGAGGCCAGAAGACAGUUCUGAUGAGCCAGAAGGACUGCUGGAAGACUAUGCCUGUAAUAACUUGUCCCCUCCACGUUAUGAGGAAAUAUACCCUCUGUCUUCAUAAAAUCAUCACAGGCAAGAGACAACAAUCCUAAGAGAUGCCAACAAGAAUCCAAAAAAAUCUUUUCUUUAAAUAUUUGUGUGAUAAGACAGUGUGAGCAAGAUCUUGAUAUUGACACACAGUUCAGUAUCACUGAAGAUAUUUAACUGAUCCCUUCCUUCUUCUCUGUCAAAGUUCACUAGCUCUUUGCGAUGCAGCUUAAUAGCAGAGCUAUUAAUUAUUUAAUAGCAAAACUAUUAAUAGCAAAACCAUUAAACUCAACAAUAUAAAUCUAUAUUAGGAUUCCCCAACAAGAAGCUUAAUUUUCAGACUUGCUGAAACCAGCGUGAACUGUGAAUGCACAAGAUGUUUGUGGAAGAUCAUGAUUGCUCCUGGACAUUCAGCAUCUUUAGAGAACACUUGAUUUUCUCUUGAUGUAUUUUCAUUCUUAAUUGCUUGAGAAACUUCAAAAGUGCUCAAGUGUCUGAUCCAUGAAAGUGAAUGUUAUGUCUUAAUUUUGUCUGAUUCUUUAGACUAGCUUACUCAUUAAUAAGUCCAGUCUACAUAUUAGACUUCUUCUGCUUGGUUUACCUGUACAACUCAGUCCUGUUCCACAACCCUGUCCUGUAGACAUUCUUUGGAGCAUCCUGCUUGAGACAGAGCAUCUCAGAACAGAGAAAACAAAUAGUGACUUCUGCCCACUUUUACAUAGAUCUCUAAGAGAUCCUGCAUGCAUCAAAUUCAGUUAGUUCCCUUCCCCACCUGAUGGGAGGUCUCCCACCAGUAGUCUAAUAACUACUAGGUUAAUGUCACUACAGAAAAUGGCAUCUUUCUGAAGCCUCUACAGAGGUGUGUGAUCCUACCACUGUUAAGGACUGACAAUCACAGCUGCUGCACCCACACUCUGUGGGAGGGCUGUGAUGGAACAUCUGUGAGGUCCUUUCUUAUUUGAAUGUGGGUCUUAGGCACACAACCCAGGCUGCAUGUUGCCCCCAGUGUGGGCUGUAGUGAAUGUUCUUGCUCAGGUUCAGGUGGUUCCAUGCAUUGAAUCCACAACAACUUGAGAUUAGCUUAUUUGAUUAGAGAAUGGUGUUGCUGAACACUAAGACUGUGGGUUUGAUUCCUAUAUGAGGUAUUCACUUAAGAUUUGGACUUGAUGAUCCUUGUGGGCCCCUUUCAAUUAACAAUAUUCUGUGAUUCUGUGAAAUGUAUUUACAGCUGUAUUUAACAAAGGAUAAGGUGUAUUAGCUCUGAAAUUUUGCCAUCCAGAAUGAAGAUCCAAAAAAGCUUUCCUUGGGAGCUUUUUAAACCCCAGAGCAAUGACAAUGCCAUAAGUCCCUACAUUUUUAUUUUAUUUUUCCACAUAUAUUUCAGGUUUUGUUUUUGAAUGUGCCUAGAAGUGCGUCAGAGCUGGACAAGCUAGUAUAUCAUUAUGAUGAUCCCAUGUCUUAGUUCAAGAUAAAAUAGGAGGAAACGUCCGAAAUUAAUGUGUCCUCUAAUAGAAGGCAGGUUUCAGCAGCCCCUACCCACCAGGUUCAGAAAGAAAUUUCUUGGAGGAAAGUGAAAAAAACCUGUUUAUUUAACAAGCAAAGUCCAUGCAGGAACAAAAUGAAUAAUGUUAGAUAAUGAACCUUUUUGUUGUGGAGAAAACGUGGUAAAUUCAGAGUCCUUUCUAUAGGUGUGGCUCUGCUCUCUCCAGAGCUGGGGUGCUGUGUGGGCCCCUCUAGGCCACGGUGCGGGGCCUCCUGGUGGUGAUGUUCCAGACCAGAGCUGGACAGUCCCAGGAAAACUCCUUGCUUCAGCAAACGAACAAGAAACUAGCUAAAAAGCGAGAGAAUGCAUCUCUCUGCCCUGCUGCAGAGCUGAGAGCUGGGGAGAGAGCGAGCGAGUUAUCUGUGUUUUUGAAUACAGGCCGCCUUCCCCUCUCUCUCUCAGAUCUGUCUUAAAGGUGCAACCCUACAAUAGGGAAUACAGUAUCAUACAGUGACCCCAGGACACCCUAUUAGGUUUGCCUAUCUCCCUCAGAGGGGUCAAACCAAAAGCUGAUCUCGGCUCUCACCUGCUGGAGUGGGCACCACAAAAAACGCUCCAGAGGGCAAUGGUCACUGUCCAAAGUAACCAAGCAGUGCACUGCUGGUGUGCCUGCAGGUCAGUCUUCUGGCCUGGCACAGCACAGCUCAAACCAGGUGUCCAUUAUGGAAGGCAUCAACUUUCUCUUACUUUGAACACAGCUGUCUUGGCUCUUGCCAGAUUCCAUCCAUUUGUGAUUGAUCCCAUACCUGGGCGCUGGAGAAGCUUGGCAUUUGAGCACAGAUGGUUGCACACCAACCUGAUGUACCUGACAGCUGGAAGUCUUAGAGUUUCUUUGCAGCUCCUUUAGCAAUUAGGAGACAUAGCUCUGGAUGGAGAUGUGCAUUCAGAACACUGCCCAGCUGCAUGGACCUUGCAGGUGCACACCUCCCUGUCCUGUAUACUUAGAAGUUGCCAAGAAAUAAAGCAUUUGUGGGGAGCACAAAAAAACCACUGUGCUCCACAGUGAUGGAAAAGACAUUGACAGUGGUCGUAUUUGGGACACAUCAUUUAAACAGACUCAAAGCUGGAUUAGCAACUGCAGAAGCAGCUACUGAACAGUGACUGCAAACUUUGUGUGAGGUUUUUCUUGUUAGAGAAAUAUGGGACACACUGUUUUUCAGCAGUGAUGGCCGGGUGUUAGCAGGUAGUUGGAGAAGGGGAGGCACGUGUAGUUGGAGAAGGAGAGACAUGCUGUGUUCAGCAUGACCUCUAUGGGAUUGAGUGAGAGAACAGAAGAUCUAAAAAUAAGUGCAAGUUUCUCUUAUGGAAGUGUCUUUCUCCUUUUCUGGAGUUUACACAGAGGUGAACUCAUCCUCCCUCCACAGUAGGAAACUGGAAGGUCCCAAAUCCCCAGUUAGUUCCACAUGGACAGAGCCCUGCACUUAGCACUUAGUUCUGCUGACUCCAGCAAGCACUGCAGUAGCACAGGGGUCAGGCUUGAUGGAUCCAAUUGCAGGACUGGGGUCAAAAUUUCUGCCCAGUCACCCUCCCCCACAACAAGAAAAUUCCUUCAGUCAGACACCACAGAUUUUUCCUGCUGCUCUUUCCUCCUGCCUUCCCCCACCCCCCCAACAUAAAUUUCAUGAGGUAAUCAUAUCUUUAUUUUUAUUACAUCAAAUCAUACAGAGUAAAUAUAAGAAAACCCAGAAGGUUGCACUGUGGACUCCAUAUUGAUUUAAAGUUUACUUCUAGCAACACUAUAUUCAUUGAAAAUAAUUGAAAGAGCCCUGGGUUUCUCUUUAAAGAGAAGAUUGAAUAUUAAGUUUAAAUAGUGACAUAUUGAAAUGAUCUUGACUCGUCAGAUGAAUUCUGUCUGAAUUCUGUGGGAGUCUUUUCAUGCUCAACAGAUAUUCGAGAAACUCCAGGGUGAUGACAUUUCCCUGUUGUACUGAGUGCUGAUCAUCAAUUUUAAGAACAGAGAGAAGUUCUGUAAAGGCUUUUUCUUCCUUCUCUUCCUUCCACCUUCUACUUUCAUCCCUUUUUUUUCUGUUUUAACAGUCUUUUUAACUUUAGGGUUUUGGGGCUUGUUGGGGGGGGUAUGUGUGUUUUCUUUGUUUUUAGGAUUUGGGGGCUGGGUUUUUUGUGUUUUACUGGGAUGUAACCAUCACAUGAAUUCACUUCUUAGCCCUAUGAUUUCUUUCUGCCCUAUGAUGAGCAAAAGAACAAACCUUUUUGGGUGAGUCUUCAACCAAGGUGAAUUGUCACAGCCUUAGAUUAUACUGGUGUAACUGCACAAAGCACCUGGAAGACUGUAUUUAAGAUUUUUCUCAAUCCACUUUUAAUUUAAGCUGGUGCUUUUUAAGCAAAAUUGCAUUCUUCCACAUUGCCUGCAAUGCUAAUGCAGACCUGCAGAAUGCUGGGGUUUUAAUAGUUUAAGGUGUCUUGCAUUCUAGUCAUAGUGACAGAACACCGUAUGUAUUUUCAGCUAUGUAACCCUGCAUGCGUUCUUGGGAUUUUUCCUAAUAUAACUCUAUUUAUAAGAUUUUGAUCAUAAACUGGUUAACAUAUGAAAUCAGUAGAGCCAUGUCUAUUGAUAUGAAACUGAGCACGAUCUAUUCAUUUCAGUAAAAACUCUGCGCAGAGCUUUUCUAAGUUCGAGGAGCUAUUUCCAGAUACUGAAUGCCACAUGCUGCAGCGUGCAAAUUUCUUCUCAGAUUAAAUCCAAAAUCUGCUUUUUAACACCGGCGCUGCCGUAUCUGCGAGUGAGUACGGGAGUACACCAGGCACCGUUCUGUUUGCUGUGCUUUAGCAGCACUUCCCACAGCAGCCGAAUUUCACCAGCUGUUCCCGUUCCCGACCCGGGUACUCCUGUGCGAGUGAUGCUCCCCAGCGCAGACCACGCACGGGCGGGGGCGCUGAAGUCCUUCAAAGAGCUAUUUUUAAACUGAAUCGGGAUUUAGGAAAUCUGGGUCUCCGGGAAAAAAAAUAAACCUUUAAGUAGGGCUCGUUCCUCUCCAGAG